CUUGUCUAGCCUAGCUCUGCCAUAAGUUUCAGUUCCUGUUGGAUGGCCCAGCCAGCACUCGGAGAUUUUUAAGCUGGAAUCCUGAGUCAGUCCUGUGUGGCGAAGCGACAUGUUGAUUCGGGGAUUGACAGUCUGCCUUUGGCUAGGCUUAGCCUGCCAGGUGGCUUGUGCAGUGGAAAGCGAGGAGGAGGAGCAGAGCCCAGGCAUCCUGUUUCCAUGGCGACUCAUAGGGCUGGGGCACCGGGUGAAGAGGGCCUGGGUCAUCCCCCCAGUAAACACCCCAGAGAACGCCAAACAGAUCCCUAAGAGGCUGGUUCAGAUUAAAUCCGACACGCUGAAACCGGGAGAGGUGAUCUACAGGAUUAAAGGUCCUGGAGUCGAUGAAGAUCCCAAAGGCUUUUUCAGUAUUGAGGAAAAGACAGGAUGGGUCAUCCUGACAAAUGUGCUGGAUAGAGAAAAGCAAAGCAAGUUUAAGAUUAAAGCCUUCGCUUUGGAUUUGAGUGGCAAAACACUGGAGGACCCGACAGAGCUGGAAAUAGUCGUUGUGGACCAAAACGACAACCGACCUGUCUUCACAGAAAUCGAAUUUAUCGGGAACAUUCUGGAACAUUCAGAACCAGGGACAUUCGUCAUGAAUGUGACAGCAACAGACGCGGACGACAUUGAGACAGACAACGCCUUGCUUCGUUACUCCAUCCACAGCACAGAGAGCAUCCCCCCGUUUCGAAACAACAAAACCAUGUUUGGGAUCGAUGGGGAAACGGGGGUCAUUUCCAGUCUGGAUGUGGGUCUGGACCGGGAGGAUGUUGAAGGCUUCAACCUCACUAUUCAGGUGGCUGACAUGGAAGGAAACGGGCUGAGUAGCUUUUCCACGGCUCUUAUAUACAUCACUGACAUAAACGACAACGCUCCAAAUUUUACUUCAGACGUGUUUUACAUGUCAGUGCCAGAAAACAAAGCUCCAGUAGAUAUUGGCAGAAUCACAGUGACAGACGAGGAUGAGCCAAUGACAGACAACUGGUGGGCAAAAUUUACUAUCACUAUUGGAAAUGAGGAAGGAAACUUUGUCAUCACCACAGAUACGCUGACCAAUGAAGGCAUAGUGACAGUGCUGAAGCCCCUGGACUAUGAAGCAAAGCCGGCCUACAAGCUGAUUGUGAAAGUGGAGAACACGAGGCCCCUUAGUACGCUGGCACCCAAGGGCCCACAGAGCAGCGCCACUGUGAUUAUUUCAGUGCUGAACCACAACGAGGCUCCUGUGUUCCGAACAAACCCCCUGACUUUGGCCAUCCCUGAGGGGACACAGGCUGGAACGGUGCUUUUCAGAAAUAUUGCCUUUGACCCUGACAGACAAGCUCUCAGAUAUGCUUUAAAAAGUGAUCCAGAUGGCUGGCUUACACUUAACAGUGAAACGGGAGAGAUUAGUGCCAAGAAGGAUAUUGGCAAGGGAUCUCCGUUCCUGAUUAACGACGUGUACGCCGCUGUUCUCACCGUGUCAGAACUGGGACACGACAGUACCACAGCAACAGCCACAGUGGAGAUUACUGUGCUGGAGGUGAAUGACUUCGCACCUGAGUUAUUCCCACUGACAGGCUCCAUGUGUCAUGACCCAAAAAAGGGCCCUGGUUUAGUGCUGAGUGCAGUGGAUCGGGACCAUCCUCCUCAUUCAGCACCUUUUGAAUUUGUUCUAGACCCCAACUACCCAGAGCAAUCUCAGAACUGGACCAUCAACCCUAUCAAUGGCACUCAUGCCAUCCUGGGUCUGCUUUCACCUGUUGAUGAAGGAAUGUACAUUAUAUCUGUCUCUGUGGAGGACUCGGGUGAACCCACCAAAUCAAGCAUCCAGGAAGUCAAUGUGACCAUUUGCCACUGCAACGGGGCCGGCAGCUGCCAGCCCAUAGCAGCCGCCAUCUUUCAAGUGGGAGCUGGCCUCAGCCUUGAAGCCCUCCUCAUCAUUCUGGGUAGCAUCGUUCUCCUGCUCUUGUUUUUGCUGCUAAUGACAACAGUGAGCCACUGUCGCCAUGUCCCCGUCAAGCAAGGCCUGCUGGGAAUAUCUGAUGAUGACAUUCGAGAUAACAUCCUCAACUAUGACGAGCAGGGAGGUGGUGAGGAAGAUGAGGAUGGAUACAACAUUGACCAGCUGAGAAACCCCAAUGAUGUCAUCCCAUCUCCAACUGCCACCGUGCCAAGAAUGAAGCAGCCUCUCAGGAAGGAUACCCCCUACAACUACCCAUCACCAUCCUACCCACGAAAAGCACCUAAUGACCCCACGGAUAUUGAAGACUUCAUAAACGAUGCCCUGGACGCAGCAGACAAUGAUCCUAAUAUUCCACCCUACGACACAGCGCUCAUCUACGAUUACGAGGGAGACGGAUCCAUGGCUGGCAGCCUCAGCUCAAUAGCCUCGGGAAGUUCAGAUGGGGACCACGACUAUGAUUAUCUCAAUGACUGGGGCCCACGAUUCAAGAAACUGGCCGAUCUCUACGACAGCCACGGACACUGAUUGGGCUAACAGAAGUGACUGGUCUGCUGCAAGAACAUUCGCUAAGCCCCCUUGUGCCUGACCCCUGCUGUCCCAAGAC